GUUUGGACAUCAGUUUUCGAAAAUUGUCACCAUGAAGGCUUUCAUCGUUCUGGUUGCUCUGGCUUGUGCCGCCCCAGCUUUCGGUCGCACCAUGGACCGUUGCUCCCUGGCCCGCGAGAUGUCCCACCUGGGCGUUCCUCGUGACCAGCUGAACAAGUGGGCCUGCAUUGCCGAGCACGAGAGCUCCUACCGCACCGGAGUGGUGGGUCCGGAGAACUACAACGGCUCCAACGACUACGGCAUCUUCCAGAUCAACGACUACUACUGGUGCUCCCCUCCCAGCGGUCGCUUCUCCUACAACGAGUGUGGACUGAGCUGCAAUGCCCUGUUGACCGACGACAUCACCCACUCCGUCCGUUGUGCCCAGAAGGUGCUCAGCCAGCAGGGAUGGUCCGCCUGGUCCACCUGGCACUACUGCAGCGGAUGGUUGCCGUCCAUCGACGACUGCUUCUAAGCGUUAGUUCUGAUUUCCCAGUAAAGACUUCUUGAUUUGCAAAUAA